CUCUCUCUCUCUCUCUCUCUCUCCCCGACGGUUAUCUCAAAGCGCGCUCUCUCUCUCUCUCUCUCUAAAAACCAGAGACUGCGAGUUCUUUUGAGUGGCUGCAUUCCUGUUCGACGGAGAUUAUCAUCGCCGAUUUGCGCGAUGUUCGUGAAGAAGCUUGUGGAGAAGGCUGCGAAGAAGCCUGGAGGAAGAAGCUCCGAAGGACUGAGAUCUUGCGAUGUUGACCCACAUAUGGUAUUUCAUUAUGGGAUUCCAUCGGGAUGCACCAAAUUCGCCUAUGACUCAACCCAGAACAUACUUGCUGUUUCCACGAAGAAUGGCGAAAUCAAGUUGUACGGGAAAGAUAACACUCAAGUCAUACUCGAGUCUGAACAAACAGGACCGAGCAAGUUUCUGCAGUUUGUCGAGAAUCAAGGCAUUCUUCUGAAUGUGACCUUCAAUAAUCAAAUCGAGGUUUGGGACAUAAACAAGAAGCUAUUGUCGCACAUUUACAAUUUCAAAGAUGCAAUCACCUCUUUAUCAGUCCUGCAACAUAGUUUUUACGUGUAUGCUGGAGAUUCUCUUGGAAACGUGUCUGUUUUGAAGCUUAAUCAGGAUCCGUGUAAUCUAGUCCAGAUGAAGUACACAAUACCUUUUGAAGCAUCUCAUGGAUUUCAAACUGAAUUAUCUGGUCACGUGGUUGUCAUGCAUGCCCUGCCUCAACCGUUGGCUGAAAGCAAGAGGGUACUGAUAAUAUAUGAAGAUGGUCUUUUCGUAUUGUGGAAAGUCCAAGAAAGCAAAUCAAUUUUCAAAGGUGGAAAUGCGUUGCAGUCAGCACAUAAUGAAAGAAAGAAAGUGACUUCCGCCUGCUGGGCAUGCCCUCUGGGGAGUAGAGCUGUUAUUGGAUACAGCACUGGAGAUAUCUUCAUUUGGAGUGUUCCUAUCCCAAAUGGAAGAAGUGAAUUAGUGUCAGAUAUAGGCUCUCAAAGUGGUCCAAUUUGUAAAUUGAAUCUCGGAUAUAAGCUGGACAGAAUUCCUAUUUCCUCUAUGAGAUGCGUUCAUACAGAUGGAAAACCAAGUCGACUAUAUUUGUUGGCCACCGCUGAUGCAGCAUCUUCCAAUCCUUUGCAGGUAGUCUUGCUGAAUGACCACUCUGAAUCCCGCACAGUUAAGCUGGGUCUUCAGUUACCUGAGCCUUGCAUUGAUAUGGAGAUAAUCUCAAACUGCAGUGAGCAGACAAGGCAGAAACGAGAAUCUCUUCUAGUUAUUGGAAAAUCAGAACAUCUGUAUGCGUAUGAUGACAGCCUAAUCGAAAAGUAUCUCCUACAGUGCCAAUCCAAGUCUGCUCCACCCAUCCCAAAAGAAGUAAGGCUUAGGAUGCCACUCACCGAAUCAAGCAUCACUGUGGCAAAAUUCAUCACUAGUAACCAGUAUAUGUCGAACUUAGAUGAUGAGGAUUACUUACAACUGGUCAAAAAGGUUCCGCCUCUUCUUCACUCGGAAAAAAAUGGUAAAGACGCAUCUCAGAUUAACCCAAUCCCAUUUGGUGGAUUUGUAAAGGUCAAAAAUCUGUUCGUAACUGGACAUAGCAAUGGAGCCAUCAACUUUUGGGACAUGUCAUGUCCACUUCCUCUUCCCAUCUUUUGCGUAGAGCAACAGAGUGAAGAUGACUUUUCUCUGAGUGGAGUUGCACUUACAGCUUUGUAUUUUGAAGCAAAGCACCAUAUCCUUGUUUCUGGGGAUCAAAAUGGAAUGGUUCGCAUAUACAAGUUUAAGCCCGAGGCAUAUGUAUCAGGUACUGCAAAGAAAGGAAACAAUCACAUGAUUGGCAGCGUAAAAGCUUUGAAGGUUAAUGGUUCGGUACUUUCAUUAUGUAUGAGCCGCUGCUCCAGCCAUCUUGUUGUUGGUUCUAGUCAAGGAUAUGUCGCACUGAUUGAUGUAGAGGCGCCUCAUAUACAAUUUACCAAGCAAAUUUCAAGUGACAUUUCUACAGGCAUCAUCUCUCUUCAGCUUGGUACCUGCACUUUGCAUGCUUUCCAGAAGAAUAUAUUGGUCAUGUCGACGAGGGAUUCAUCAGUUGUGGCCGUGGAUAGUGAUACUGGUAUGAUACUGAGCAAUAGCAUGGUGCAUCCUAAAAAACCCUCUGGAGCUCUAUUUUUGGAGAUAUUGGAAUUGAAGACAGAGGAUGUGGUUGAGGAUUCUAUAUUUAAGCAGGGACUAUUGUUGCUAUGUUCGGAGAAAGCCGUGUAUGUGUACUCCUUACCACAUGUAGUUCAGGGAGUCAAGAAGGUCAUAUAUAAGAAGAAAUUCCACUCCUCAUCUUGUUGUUGGGGUUCGACUUUCUAUACUCCUGAUGCAGGACUUAUGCUUCUUUUUGCCUGUGGGAAGAUUGAGAUAAGGUCCUUGCCGGAGUUAUCUUUGAUAAGAGAAACAUACGCAAGAGGACUCGCAGGUCCCACGUCAAGGGGAAGCGCAAUGACUGACAAUUUGAUAUGCUCUUCUUCAGAUGGUCAACUUCUCAUGGUGAACAAAGACCAGGAGAUUUUUAUUUUCUCAGUUCUACUCCGGACAAAUAUGUUCAGGCUGUUGGGCUCUCUCAGCCAAGUCUACCAAAAAGACCUGGUUCAUUCAGCAGAGGGCCUUGCUCCUGGGCAUGCCGUUCAGAAGGAGAAGCCCAAGGGACUAUUUAGCUCCGUGUUUAAAGACACAAAAGUUAAUAGAGAAAAGCAUGCACCCGAUAUGUAUAAAGAAGAUCCUAGAGCAAGUAUUGAAGAACUCUCCGCUAUCUUUUCAACUGCUAAUUUCCCAAGUAGUAUUGUGGACAUGGAUGAUAGCGGUACCUCGAUUGACAAAAGAGAGGAUUUCGCUGGGGAUGAAGAUGACGAUGACUUGAACCUAGAUGAUAUUGUUAUCGAUGAUGACGAUGAAAAACCUCGAGGACAGAAUUUGUUUGGAGGUCUCAACAAAAAAGUCUUGGCAAACAAAUUUCAGAGCUUGAAAGGAAAACUCAAGCAUGUAAAGAUCAAGAACGAGAAGAAUUCCACAAAAGAAGAGCAACAGGAUGAAAAGAUUGGUUCAGUUGAUCAGAUCAAGAGGAAAUACGGGUUCGCUGCUUCUAGUGAAACCACAGGCGCUGCCAAAAUGGCGGAGAACAAGCUGCAGGAGAAUUUGAGGAAGUUACAGGGAAUAAGCUUAAAAACUGCGGAGAUGCAAGGCACGGCAGAGUCAUUUUCGUCGAUGGCCAAAGAGGUGCUCCGAGCUGCAGAACAUGACGGGCAAAGCUCAUGAUAUGCGACUUUGGUUAACAUGGAUCCCAAUCGUCUGGGAGAUAUUUAUUAUAUUAUUGGCAAUGUUGAUUCAUUCUUUU